GCUUCCAGCAGCGUAACCACGUACCGCGUUCUCCUCGAACACGCUGGACCGGCGAUUUCGCCCGGUCGGCCUCCCAGAGUCGGUAGCCGACGCCCUUGACAUUCUGGGCCGGAUAGGUAACCCCAUGCGGCCCAGAGGACGUGGGGAAAAACAGAACUCUCUAAAAAUGACAACGACUGGACAGAUAACCACCUGUCUUUCUGAAACGGUGCAUGCUUUGGUUUGUCACCUUGGGCUGGAAAUGGAGGAUAUUGCAGAUCUGGACCACAUUGUGACUGCGUCUGGGCAAGUUUGCUGGGAAGCCAUUACAUUUAAUCUACGCACAUUGGACAAUGAAGAGCAUGAUCUGAAUUAUAAAGAAAGUGUAAGGCUAUUGGGGCCCGUGUGUAAAGCUGUCCAUUUAUAUCUACAAUCACUCAACGCAAAGCAGUUCAAUGACCAAUAUGGUAUUUGGUUUACAUGGACGAAUAACACAGAGUUAUUUAUUGAUGUGUUUGAGGCCAUCAAGAUUUCACAGCCUACAACCAUAGCUCUUUAUUUAAUGAAAUUAACCGCAUGCCUGGAACGAACCUUGGGCAAUGUGUUUCUCUUGAUGGGCAAUGACUGUCCUUUUCUUCUGAGAGACUUGUUGGCCUCCCAAGAACUAGCUACAAUGUUUGGACAAGAUGUGAUGAAUGUCCUGCGAGUGUUCCUGGGGUCACCACAGAGCUUAAAUCUCCGCAACAUAUUGUGGCAUGGCUUUGCAGCUCCUGCGGAAAUUCCACCCAUGUACACGUCUAUGCUGCUGUUGCUUACAGCUGGUUUAGGACAGAUACUGCAGAAAGGUUCCAUGCCCCUGCAUCGACCUUAUUUCAGAUUGACACAGCUGGAGGAACUUGCUGUAUUUCCUGAUAUUAAUGAAGAAGCUAUUGCUUUGGCAGAAGAUUUUAUUGGUAAAUCUGAUUUUGUUGUGGAAAUCAUGACGCCUUACUGGAGAGAGGCAGUUGCAGCUUAUAGAAAUCAACGGUAUGCGGACUGUGUAAUACUACUUCUACCUCAGCUGGAGACCGGACUCCGGAAAUUGUUCACAAUAGUUAAUAACUGUCCCAGUAGAAUUCUAACUGCAGAGUCCACAAUGCUUUACACCACAUUUGAUGAGAUGCUGGCGAAAUACCUUGAGAAUGAUGAUACAAACCAGCUUCCAACAGCUCUUGGAGAUCCUAUAAUGGAAAUUCUUUGGGAUCUUUUAAACCAUCAGGAGGGUCCCCGGAUCCGAGACCAUCUAAGUCAUGGUGAACUUGAUUUGAAGCUGUUUCCUAAAAAAAUGGCUAGUCACAUCGUAGCACUGGCCAUUGUUUUAUUACAUCGUUGCUACAAAAAUGGAAAUGAAAUAGCUAUGGAAAAUGAAUGCUUGAGGGUGAUCAUCAGUUCUACAAGUUCAUACUGCUCUCGGUUCCAUCCUAUCGGAAGACUUAAACAGCAGCUUCGACAUUGCGUUGGAAGCCUACGGAAAUGGGAUGAGAUUCCCGGACCCUCAAUAGAGCAGGUGUCUGAAAGUCCAUGGUCUGAGUAUUGGAGUCAAAGAACACUAGCUACCUCUGGCAGUCUCAUGGAGGAAAUUGUUUCGUACAUAGUAAAACGGCUAAAGCCAGUCUACAAUGAAGAACUGAAUACGUCACAAUUGUUAGCUGAGGAGCAACUCCACCUGGUAAUUAAACUGCUGGCCAACUCCAUACACACUUUGUAUUGUCCUCGGACUAUUCUGGAAGUGGUGGCUCUGCUGAGGAAGGUGGCCUUCCAGUGCCUGACCGUUUCCGAGCAGGUCACAAACGGUGCUGCAACCCGCCAACAACAGUGGUUGAGCAAAUCACUGCGCUCACGCCAGAGGCAAAAUUAUCUUCGGAUGUUGGCGAGUGUUCAGUAUUUGCACUCCGUCUUCAGCCUAAUUACUCUACUAGUAACAGUGGAACUGCUCAAAGCACAAAUAAAAGGUGAAAUGGAUUCUUCUGAAAAACGCAGUUAUUUGAAGUGCACAGGCUGCCUUGGGAAUGAGCGAUUCCCACGGGCUUGACAGUAUUUAAUGAAAUAGUUCUUCUUUUACAAUAUUGGCAUAAUUUUCCAAAGGCAUGGCACAGUUCGCGAUCAGCCAGGGUGCGAUCCGCCACAGUUAGAACACUUUUCAAUAAAUCUUUGACAUUGUCGAGAUGAUGUGUGGGACUGGGAGCGCUGGUUGUGGUAGGAGGUGUCGGUAGCAUCAACACGGUAUGGGAAAUGCGGUCCGGCCCCAUUGAUGUUCUGAGCGACCUGGCAGAGCAAACGGCUGCAGAUACAACUUUACAGCUACUGUCUUCAGUCAUCCGGCGUGGCUGGCCGGAUAAACAAUAUCGCACACCACUUCCUCUUCGCCCAUACUACCUGGUCCGCGACGAACUUGUGCUGCAGGACGGUGUCGUAAUCAAGGGUCACAAAGCAGUCAUCCCAACUGCCCUAUGGGACAAAUAUUUUGAAGCCGUUCACAGGGGUCACCCAGGGCGUGGAAGCUCUGAGCAAAGAGCAUGUUUUUCUGGCCUGGAAUGACCAAAUUUGUGUGUGAGAAAGUUGAAGCCUGUGCUAUCUGUAACAGCCUGAUGGCACACCAACAGAAGCAGCCCCUGCUCUCACACCCUGUUCCUCCUCUGCUUUGGUCCACGCUUGCUACUGACAUAUUGGAGUGGCGUGGCAAACAGUAUCUGGGUUUCGUUGACUCGUAUUUUGGCUUACACCUCUCUCCAGUGGCCAAGUCGCCUUCAAACCAACAAGGGCUACGGCCGUUUGGGUUUCAUCCACAAUCCCGCAAAAGAGCCACGCUCAUACCUGGUGAGUGUUGACAAAGGGAUCUACAGAUGCAACUGCCAACAUCUCCUUCCUAUGAAGGAACCACGUCCUGCUGUCUCAUGCAAUGAUGCUCCACGUCCGAUCUGAUUCCUGGGAUGUCAGGACUUUCAUAUGAAGAAAGACUGGAUAGACUCGGUUUGUACUCGCUAGAAUUUAGAAGAUUGAGGGGGGAUCUUAUAGAAACUUACAAAAUUCUUAAGGGGUUGGACAGGGUAGAUGCAGGAAGAUUGUUCCCGAUGUUGGGGAAGUCCAGAUCAAGGGGUCACAGUUUAAGGAUAAGGGGGAAAUCUUUUAGGACCGAGAUGAGGAAAACAUUUUUCACACAGAGAGUGGUGAAUCUCUGGAAUUAUCUGCCGCAGAAGGUAGUUGAGGCCAGUUCAUUGGCUAUAUUUAAGAGGGAGUUAGAUGUGGCCCUUGUGGCUAAAGGGAUCGGGGGUAUGGAGAGAAGGCAGGUACAGGAUACUGAGUUGGAUGAUCAGCCAUGAUCAUAUUGAAUGGUGGUGCAGGCUCGAAGGGUCGAAUGGCCUACUCCUGCACCUAUUUUCUAUGUUUCGAUGUACCCAUCUAAGGACGGACUUUCUCUUAUCUCACGAUCUGCAGCUGCAGACCUACCCCUGGUUGUGUCCCUAACUCCCACUCCACCCUGCUCGGUGCCCCGCUCGCCUGCCUCGUCGUGUUUGUCCCCUGGGUCCCCUGUGCUCCCACCGCCUGGGACCCCAGCAUUCUCGCGGGUGAAGGGAGGAGAUGCGGAUCUGUACCGUACGCGUGCAGAACGGGUUUGUAGGCCGCCCCUUAGAUACAGGGACUUUGCGUGAACCAUCUGAACUUCCAUGUAUGUGGUUACAUUAUUAAUCAGUCAGCAUCUAGUGCUUAUGCAUAUAUCAUUUUAUUGGCGAUGUGUUUCACUACAAGGAAAAAUGUAGAUUGGGUACUUUACUUACUAACCACUGUAGUGCUUUAUUUUUAUAAGCUUCGCCUGCUAACACACCAUUCAUAUUAUUGCAACCCGACAUGUGCUGUUAGUUGGUACUGCUGCAUGGUAGGAGUAACAUGCUGUGUGUUGUAUACGUUACUCAAUAAAUACUGUUAUACCAGA